UGUUUUUUUUGCUAACUUAAUAUUCUCGGCAGCAGAUCAGCAACCCUGUCCUAUGUGCAUGGACAUAUUUCCCUGUCACAUUAUUGAGGCACAUGCUGCUUCAUGCGGGGAAAGUGCAGGAAAUGAGGCAAUUGAGUGUAGUACUGUGAUGGAAGAAGAGCAAGCAGUAAUGCCUGGACCGUCCAGAAGCAGUGCAGCAGUUACAGACGACUGGCUCACCAUCCAAGACCCUACCAAGGCCAUGUCUCAGUUUCGGGAUUCCCUAUUGCACAUUUAUGAAAAGGAGAGUGCUUUGGUUCUCAGCAUGGAUACUAGAGAAACCCCUGCCGAACAGGACAUGGCACUCCUCUCCUUCUACAAGCGACCAAAUGUGGAAUGGGCACGACCCUUGCAUUGCAGACUUGAAGGUGACGUUGCCAUUGGAAAGGGUGUAACUCGCUUUUUCCUCUCAACUUGCAUUGAGAAGUUGAAGUCUGGGUUUUGCAUCAACUUUGCAAACACUGAUGUGACACGGCUGUUUGAUGGAGAGACAGGCCAUUUGGUGCCGUCAGCCUCUCACUUCCUAGUUGAAAGUGAUAUGUUUGUCAUGGCAGGGAGAAUGAUGGGCCACUCCUUCCUUCAUGGUGGACCGUGCCUGUCUGGGCUCAGCCCUGCCUUAGCUCAUGUCCUGCUUGGAGGGGGUCCCGAAACUGCAACUGUAGCCCUAGAAGACUGUCCAGACCUGGACAUCCGGGAAACAAUCAGGCUUCUUCAAGGUGAAUCCAAACUCUCUGAGGAAGAGGCAAAAAGAGUACAGGACUUGGCCUAUGCCUGGGACCUCCCUUGCCUGUCUAAUAAUAAUAACAGGAGAUGGCUUUUCGAGAAAAUGUUGAUCCAUGCUGUCAUUGGACGUGUCACAAGACAAAUUAAACAGCUGAGACGUGGUCUUAAAGAGACACAAAUGUGGACCGUGCUGACCAAACGACCUGACACAGUGGCCCUGCUUUUCCCUAAAGAGGGAGCAGUGGAUUACAGCCCUGAGGUACUUCUGAAGCGCAUUACCUGGCCUCAUCAUGAUGAAGAAGAUGAUGACAAUGAUUUUUCCGUUGACACUAUGUGCCACGUAUCAGGUUAUCUUCGACAGUUCAUUGAAAAUGCAUCACCGAAUGAAUUGGGAGAUCUGGUGAAAUUCUGGACUGGAUGGGAGAUUCUGCCAAGGACGAAUCUGUCCCUUGAGGUGGUCAAAGGCAGCUUCCCCACCGGCCUCCACCUGUUACGAGACCCUGCGAAUCCCAGGGCAUUACAAAGACUAUGCAUCUUUUAAGAUUGACAUCCUAGCCUGUAUUGGCAGUUGCCAAACAGGAUUUGGUCUCAUCUAAUAUGUUGAUACAAACAGAUAUACACACUCGUACAGUUAGAGACGUACACACAAAAGAAGUUUACACCACACAGUUUGUGUUAUGCAUGUCUGCAUGUUUCUUUGAUGCAUGAGACAGUGAG